ACGUAUACCAACAAGAGUGCGGGAGCGCCGCGAUUGGCCGGAGCCGGCUCGCCCGGCCCGCCCGCACUCGCGCCCCGACCCGCGCCGCGAGCAGUCACUCGCAGCCACCAUGUGCAGCGGAGCCGACGGCGCCGCCUGGCCGCUCGGCAAGGACGCGCCCAGCCCCGUGUCCGCGCUCGACCACUACCGCCUGCAGCUCUACAACUACGCCGUGGUGGAGCGCCUGCGCUUCUACCAGCCGACCGUGCCGCCGUGCUACCCCGGCCCCUACGGCCCGCGCCUCGCGCUGUCCAUGCAGCUGCUGCAGCAGCGCGCGCUGCAGCCCGAGGAGCCUAAGCCGCAGCACAGCUACAUCGGCCUCAUCGCCAUGGCCAUCCUCAGCUCGCCCGACCGCAAGCUCGUGCUGUCCGACAUCUACCAGCACAUCCUCGACAACUACCCGUACUUCCGCUCGCGCGGGCCCGGCUGGCGCAACUCCAUCCGUCACAACCUGUCCCUCAACGACUGCUUCGUGAAGGCGGGCCGCUCGGCCAACGGCAAGGGACACUACUGGGCCAUCCACCCGGCCAACGUGGAGGACUUUCGCAAGGGUGACUUCAGAAGACGCAAAGCACAACGCAAAGUGAGGAAGCACAUGGGCCUGGCGGUGGACGACGACGGCGAGGACUCCCCGUCGCCGCCGCCGCAGUCGCCGCCGCCGACGGCGCUGCCGCCGCUGCCGUUCUGGGGCGGCGGGCGGCUGGCGGGCGGCGUCGCCAGGAAGCGGCAGUUCGACGUGGCGUCGCUGCUGGCGCCGGACGACGUGCCGGACAAGCGGCUGCGGCGCGACAGCAGCGGCGAGGAGGAGGCCGAGGAGGACAUCGACGUGGUGGCGAGCGACGCGGAGGAGCGCGGGGCGGGCGCGGGGGAGGGGGCCCGCGUGCUGGCGCCGGCCGCCACGUACCCGCUGCUGGGCGGCUGGUGGCCGCUGGAGCCCGCGCUGCUGCAGCAGCUGCGCCGCCGCGCCGCCUCGCCGCCGCCGCCGCGCGACCAGCACAGCCCGCCCAACACCUAGGCACACCACCCAUCACCAGUGUUAGUUGUGCGUAAAUCCUUCUUAGAACUCCUAUAAGUAUACUGUACAUAUUUUCUGUUUCGUUCUAUAUUUCAGUUCUCGUCACAAACUAUGUUUUAAAAGCUGCGCUUCUUUCUGUGCACGCGCGUUGAACUCUUCGUUAGGCGCGCUGUGAUAGUUCUUGUGUUCUUCCCUGUUAUGUCUCAAGUAGGAUUUAAUAAGUGAAAGUACUUGAUGUAAAUUAUUGUAAAUAUUAAUAUAAUUAUCUACUCAAUUUUAUUGUGUAACUAUGUAGAAAACGUGACACAUAGACGAUUAAUAUUAAAGUCUGAACGCGACCAAGAGUGUAGAAAAUGUAAAUUAUUAUGCAUCUGUAAAUAAUAUUCGUGAUAAUUUUGUGUCUAUGCCAUGUUGUUAUCGGUGACAUGUUAACGUUUGUCUAUUUACUUAAGUAUGAUUCAAUAUCAAAAGACACGUCUAUAAAGUCGAUAAAUAAAUAGAAGUUAAAAUAUAAA